AUGGCGUCACUAUUUUCUCGCUCUGGCCCUGACGCGAGGUGAACCAUAGAGACGCGCCGUCGGAGACUUAGAGCGGCAGCCCCGCUCGGGAGACUCUGAUUGGCUCCCCGGUGCCGGUUGACGGGUGGAGCCAAGAUGGCGGUGCCUGAGGUGCAGCAGCUCCAAAAUCGCCUCGACGCCUUGGAAGAGCGGAUGUUCGGGGCUCCUGCGGGGGCCGCGUCCGCGGGGGGACCUCGGAAAAUAACAGACGGCUUGGGCAAAGUCCAAGGCGCUUUGGGAAACAUUGCAAGCAAGAGAGAGAGAGUUAAAAUUCUGUUCAAAAAAAAGAAACAGUCCAUCAUGGCGCAGGGAGCACUUCUGGAGCAGGUGAAGAGCCUACAGCCUUACUUGGACAGUGCACACAUCAAAGCUUCUUCUGACCACGCCACCAAGCUCCAGCGGCUUUCACAAAUACACCUUCAGCAGCAGGAUCAGUGCGAAGCCGUGACCGAGAACAUCCGGUUACUUCUGGAAGAUUACAACAAAAUGACUCUCCUCCUUUCCAAACAGUUUAUCCAGUGGGAUGAGAUGCUGAGCCAGCUGGAAGCCGCAAAGCAGGUGAAGCCCACACCUGAGUGAAGGCCAGGCUUCGGAGGCCUUCCGUUGAGCUCCAGGUGGAUCUCCUGCUUCAGAUGCCAGAUCUCCAUGUUAACAGCUCUUGCUCUCCCGAGCUUCAUCCAGUAUCUGUGGCAUCCAGGGAUAUCCAAUCUUUAGGACUUGCAGACUUCAACCCCCUGUGGUGGCUGGGGAAUUCUGGGAGUUGAAGUCCACAAGUCUUAAAAGUUGCCAAGAUUGGACACCCCUGAUUGCAUCAAUCUGGAAGCUACGUCCUAACCUGAUGGGGCUAAAUUAUAUCAUCUUUAGGAUUCAAGUUUAAUUUAUUUUCAGUCUUUAUUCAGCCAAUUCAUGGGGAAAGAACGCAUGACUUGUCAAAAUACCUCUUACUGUGGGCCAUAAUAAAAUCCUCAUGAAUCCUC